GGCAGGUUCAGGAGGACGUAUUCAGUUCAAGUUUACUCCCGAGUAUGAGAACUUACACAAAGGGAAAACUGAGCUAGCUCAGCUAGCAACUUAUGAUAAAGUGGAGGGAGGAGAGAAGAGAUUCAGGGUUUCUUGCAGGAAUGGAUUUCUCCUCUUCUAACCCGCCCUUCUCCGACCUCGAUGACUCUGAAGUGCGAGAUGAUAAUAUGGAUAUCAGUGCAGUACGUGGUGAAGUGAAUGGAUUAAAGAAGGAAGAGAGUGAGGAGGUGUCAGAUUCCAUCAUUCUCAGAGAAAUUAGUCAGAGAGAAAUUCUGCAUUGGAACUAUAAAGGGUUGACAAGGUUUCCAACAGAACUCUUAAACCACGGAGCUCAUAUUCAAGAGCUUUAUCUUAAGGAAAACCUAGUUGAACAGGUUCCGGAGAAACUUUAUCUCAAGAUGCCGUUUCUCAGCAAUCUUCAUCUAUCUAGAAACAAUAUCUCCAAGAUACCUAAAGAUUUCUCCAAGCUAUCUCAACUCACACUACUAGAUCUCAGUAGAAACCAGCUGCUGGAGUAUCCGGACUGUUUAAACGGAAUCAAAACCUUGAAAACUCUGGAUCUGAGCCACAACAGGAUUCAAGAGCUCCCAGAGAAAAUCUCCGAACUGAUAAAUUUAGAGUAUUUGGUUGUGAUUUCUAAUAGUAUUAAAAGAGUUCCAGAAUCUAUUUCUCUCCUAAAGAAACUCUCCGGGUUGUACCUGAGCAGGAACUGUAUCCGAGAACUUCCAAAUAGUCUAGUAGAAUGCUAUAGCCUAAGAGAACUAUACCUUGACCAUAACCAUCUCCAGUAUAUUCCAGGAUCUCUGGUUAAACUUCGAGAACUAGCUCUUCUCUCACUUUCAGGAAACCUUCUCAGAUAUCUUCCACAUCUACCCUUCGUUUCCUCUCCAAGGUAGUUUAUCAAGGAAAUUA